AUGUAAAAUAAUAAUUGUUUGUUUUGUGAGAAAUAAAGAUUAGAAGGAGCCAUCCAUUAUCCAUCUUUAUUAUAAACAGUAUUAAUUUAAUCUAUAAAGGCAUUAUAUUUAAAGUACAAUCCUCAAGAUGAAAUGAAUAUAGAUGAUCUUAUUAAACAUUCCCAUAAGAAAUGGGUUAUAGAUUUCUAUGAGAAAUCAUAAGAUAUAUAAGACUAAGAAUUUCUCAAGAAAUACUAUGAUUGUCAUGAGAUCAUCUCUAAAUUAAUUGAUUUAACAGAAUAUUACAAAUAUAGAUUGGACACACCUAAUCUAUUUAUGCUUCCAUUAUUUAAAUUGAUAAAAAAUUACAAUAAAUUACGAAAGUAUCAUUUUCAAUAUUUAGAGAUUAUCAUUACACUUAAAUCAAAUAUAAAUUAAAAAUAUUGUUACCUUAAAAUCGUAAUAAUGUUGAUGUUCAAUUUACAUAAUUAUUGUAAUUAACAAUGAGUAAACAAGAAGAAGAAUAAUAAUCUUUGAUUUCUCUCUUAAAUAAAUUCUAACCAUAAUAAAAUAAAAUGCCUAAAUAAAUUAAAUCAUAUACUCAAUAAUCAAGUUUAUCAACAUCUAAAUUAAUUUCGAAACCCUUGAUUAAACAAAGUGAAUAAUUAAGUAGAAAACUUAAAUCCAUUUUAAAUGGAGAUAUUCGUUAAUAAAUACCAUAAUCAUUGCCAAAACAAUAAUAAAUAAAGAAGACAUAAUCAAAAUCUCAUUCUACUAUUAAAUUUCAUACUCUCCACAGUAUAAAUAAUAAUUCAAAAAAAUUGAGUAUGUAAUCAAGUUAAUCAAAUUUGUAAUAAAUUAAAACUUUGGGAUAAAGCAAAAUUGGAUCAUAGGCAGAUAUAAUUAGUAGUAUUUACUUAUAGAAAAACAAUCCUAUUGUUAAAAAUAGAUAACAAAGAAAAUUAAUUUAAUUAUUUUAUAAAUGA